CGCAGUGUUGCUAGUUUGCGGAGCUGGGUAACAUCAGGCGCUCAGGUUAUAUUAAACAGAAAUAAAUCUCCAGCACCGGAGCACCGAGAGGAACCGCAGAGCACAGCGACAGCCAGCAGCUUAGCCGAAAGAUCGACAUCAUGAACCCCGUCUACAGCCCUGGACCAACAGGGGUUCCUUAUGCCAAUCCUAAAGGAAUAGGAUACCCAGCUGGAUUUCCUGUUGGCUAUGCAGCGACGGCACCUGCCUACUCUCCCAGCAUGUACUCUGGAGCGAAUCCAGCCUUUCCCACAGGUUACGCCCAAGGGACACCAUUCAAAAUGUCCUGCUCCCCAACAACAGGUGCUGUGCCCCCUUACUCCUCCUCCCCUAACCCCUACUCCGCGGCCGUGUACCCUGUGAGGAGCUCCUAUCCGCAGCAGAAUCCCUAUGCUCAGCAGCAAGGCACUUACUACACACAGCCCUUAUACGCUGCACCGCCUCACGUCAUCCAUCACACUACAGUGGUUCAGCCUAACGGCAUGCCCGCGGCUAUAUAUGCUCCUUCCAUCCAUCCCUCCCGCACUAACGGAGUCGCCAUGGGAAUGGUAGCAGGGACCACUAUGGCAAUGUCAGCGGGGACUUUAUUAACAACUCAUUCCCCAACUUCUGUAGCUCCCCACCAAGUGACAGUGCCCACAUAUCGAGCCCCUGGCACACCCACCUACAGCUAUGUGCCACCACAGUGGUGAACCGACGGCACCGUCAGAAGAUGGUAGAUAUGCAGUCACACAGUCUAGUAUUUUCCAGCUACAGUUGGGGCUGAUGCCACACGUGUUCCCAGCCAGUUGUUCUUCCUUUUAAAUAAAAUGUGGAUCUAAAUUUAGUUGGCAGAAGAAAGAAAAAAAAUGAAAUGGAAAAGGGAAAGCUUUCCAUUCUGACCACAUUCGUUAGCUUUUCUCAUGUUCUAUGGCAUAUCUCACAUUGGAAGACUAGCUCUUCAUGCAAACUUGUAUUUGGUGGACCGUCUUGCAGUUUUUAUAGCAUUUAACACUUAAAGUGGUUUAAAAAAAAAAGAAGGAAGGUGGAAUUAGUCUGUAUUCGGAGUCUGUACUGAGUUUGAAUGCAUGUAUAUAUUGAAACAAUAAUGCUAGCUAAAUCUACCUGCCAUGAUCGAUGCAAAACCAUUGAAAGGCUAACCGAAGCAAAAGAGUAAGCAACGUCACGAGUCAAAUGCAAAGUCUUUAUCGUAUAACUGAGGUGUUCCAGUUUAAAAAACAACAGUGUUGUAAAACUCUUACAUUUAUUUCAUUUUAAUGUCAGUUUAUUUGAUAUUUUAAGUUGAAUUGAUGUCUGUGUCUGAGCAACAUGGGCAGCGAGGUGAGGCUGGAUAUUAUUUAGUGCCUCAAGAUUUUUUUUUAUUAUUUUUGUUCUGAUUAGUCUAUCAUUCCUCAUGCUCCUAUAAUUGUUGCACAUCUUUGCCUGUGUGUAUAUAAAUCUUUAGGCUGAGCAGCCGGAUGUAUAGGUGCUGAGAGCAUGCCUACUUAUUUCAGUGUUUUUAGGGUUUGCAUAUGUUAAGGGUCUGACACGCAGCAGAACGGUGGAAUCACUGCUUACCUGACGUUUUAAAACGUAGUCAAAUGGAUGGAUGUGGUCAGUUUAUAACUCGGACGUACACCGAUCAGCCAUAACAUUAAAACCACCUCCUUGUUUCUACUCUCACUGUUCAUUUUAUCAG